GCCGCCCGCUUUCCGCACCCUGCCCUCCGCACAGCCCAGGACAGAGGCAAGAAGGAGCGCGCAGCCCAAGGCUGAGUCCAGCAAGUCUGGUAACGGUGUGACCAUCCCGGCCGAGAAGACCUGGACCCCGCCGCCCUCCAGGUCGUUCACCAGCCCGUCUACGGAAUUUGCACUCUGCACCCCAACUCCUAGCCUGGUCCCCCAGCGCCCCAGCAGCCCCAGCCCCUGUGCCUUCGCAGGUGGCGCAAACGCCCCUGCCCUCCGGCGCCCCCUGCCGGGGAGAGAGACGGCGGCGGCGGCGGGCGCCGAGGAGCCGGGCGCAGGGCGGGCAGAGGGCUCGGGCGCCUGGAAGAAGCCGGGAGCGUCCCCGAUGGUGCCGCCGCCUCCGAGCCGGGGAGGAGGAGCGGCGACGGGGCAGCUGGGCAAGAGCCUGGGUCCGCUGCUGCUGCUCCUGGCGCUGGGACACACGUGGAGCUACCGCGAGGAGCCUGAGAACAGCGACAGAGAAGUCUGCUCAGAAAACAAAAUCGCUACGACCAAAUACCCGUGUCUGAAGGCCUCGGGCGAGCUCACCACGUGUUUCAGGAAAAAGUGCUGCAAAGGGUAUAAAUUUGUUCUCGGACAAUGCAUCCCAGAAGAUUAUGAUGUGUGUGCCGAGGCCCCCUGUGAGCAGCAGUGCACAGAUAACUUCGGCCGUGUGCUGUGUACUUGUUACCCGGGAUACCGCUAUGACCGUGACAGACACCGGAAACGGGAGAAGCCCUACUGCCUGGAUAUCGACGAGUGUGCCACCAGCAACGAGACUCUGUGUGCACACAUCUGUGUCAACACCUUGGGCAGCUACCGCUGUGAAUGCCGGGAGGGCUACAUCCAGGAGGACGAUGGGAGGACGUGCAUCAAGGGAGACAAAUACCCCAAUGACACUGGGCACGAUGAGAAGGCUGAGAACGCGGUGAGAGCCGGAACCUGCUGUGCUUCAUGCAAGGAGUUUCACCAGAUGAAGCAGACGGUGCUGCAGCUGAAGCAAAAGAUCGCCCUGCUCCCCAACAGUGCCGCCGACCUGGGCAAGUACAACACUGGUGACAAGGUGCUGGCCUCAAACGCCUACCUUCCAGGGCCACCUGGCCUGCCUGGGGGUCAGGGCCCUCCUGGCUCGCCAGGACCAAAGGGCAGCCCAGGCUUCCCGGGUAUGCCGGGCCCUCCUGGGCAGCCGGGCCCACGGGGCUCCAUGGGACCCAUGGGACCACCCCCUGAUCUGUCCCACAUUAAGCAAGGCCGGAGGGGCCCUGUGGGCCCACCAGGUGCACCAGGAAGAGAUGGCUCUAAGGGGGAGAGAGGAGCUCCUGGACCCAGAGGGUCUCCGGGGCCACCUGGUUCUUUCGACUUCCUGCUGCUGAUCCUGGCUGACAUCCGCAACGACAUCGCCGAGCUGCAGGAGAAGGUGUUCCAGCACCAGACUCACUCUUCCCACUCUUCAGCAGAGGAGUUUUUACCUCAGGAAUUUGCCAGCCAUCCAGAGACCAUGGACUUGGGCUCUGGAGACGACUACUCAAAGGGGACUGAGACGAGAGACGUGGGGACCCCCAGGGACUUUUAUCCUUAGCACAUGCCAGCAUCUUCAUGCCAGAGGAAGAGAAGUUUUCACACCUGCAGUUAAAUCAUCUACAGAGAAGACAAGAAAACAAAACCCACCACUGGAGACCUAGACAAGAUACAUUUUAAUUGUCUUUGCUCUUUUCCUGCCUUCUCCCUACUUUUUUUUCUCCCAAAUACUAUUUUCAGAGGCCACUACUAGAGGUACUGGUUAUAUGAGGGAGUAAAUGAUUGGUUUACAUAUCUCCCUCUGAGAGCAGUUGACAUUGGAACUGCUCUUUUAUUUAUUUAUAUUUUUUGGAACUUCUGGGUUUCGGAGUUAAGUACUCUCAAAGUAUCUUAAAUUUGACAGGAUAAAAGGGAAAGUGGCAAGGGGUGAGCUCCAAGAAAUGUUAGGUUACUUAUUUAAAAAAUUAGACAUGUGUCCAAAAGAGACUAUUACUCUUCAGUAUCAAAACAAGGCUCUUCAAUGAAAAGGACAAGACAACAGUGUAUAUUUACUUUGGUGGGUAAUUCUUUGUCCUUGUUGAUCUAAUAGAUGUUCAAUGUUCUAGCCUCCUGUCCAACCUCACUUCCCAAUUUCAAUGAAAGAUAGGAGAGAGUGAAGAAAGAGCAGAGAUUAGGGAAGAUGGAGAAAAUUAGUCAUAAUAUUUACUGUUAUAUAGGUUGCUACAUUCUAAAUUCAAAUACAACUAUUAAAUGUUCAUGUCAUGCUUGUCUAUAAGUAUCCUCCUCAGAGAAGGAAGUCACAUAGAUGUAGGACUAAGUCCUCUUUUCAAAAAAAAAAGAAGUGAAUAAAGCGCCCUGAUUCGCAUUAGGACAAUGGGUUCCUGUUUUGCCAGGACAUUUUAGGGCUGUUUGAUUAAACAAGUGGGCCUGUUCAGUAAAUCACAGAUUAUUGGUUGAACAAAGGUGGCUGACCCUUAGAGAGAGUUGCAGAUAUUCCCAGGCUCUGAUUGGGUGCCCAUUAAAAAAACAGAGGUGCCAUUAGACUAUGAUUCAGGUUUGGGUCGAUGCACAAUGGGACUCAGGGCUAGAAGGAGGUGGCUGGCUCAGGUUGUUGGCUAGGGGGAAGGGGAACCUCGGGCAGGGACCCCACUAACCACAGAGACAAGUCAUUUGCUCUCCUUGGGGAUUAGAAGUCCUCAUCUGGGGCCAGCCGAGCUUGCCAGCAUAGAGAAUUAUACACUAUUGAAAGUUCUAGGUGUGGAAGAAAUUUCCUCCCCACUAGUCCCUUUUUUCCUUAAUUGUCCAUAAUUUAGAUCAAGUUCCAGAUGUUGCAGGCCUUCUCGUUGAUUUCCCUUUCCCAGCCAAUGUGGAAGGCCUUGGGAAAGGGGAAUAUUCCCCCCUCCCAUUCUGUCCGUGUUGGCUUGUACACCUCUGGGUCCCAGGGGAAGCAGGCUCUGGAGCAGGCUUUCUCUGGAUCCGCAGAGGCAGGAGCGAGAGGAAGCGCUCCCAAGGACCAGCAGGAGUGGCUUCCCCCUUCUAUCGUUGGGGAACCGCUUAGCUUUGAGGGCAGCGCGCAGGUUCCUUGAAGUACAAGUUCUCAUUUGACACACGGACUGGCUUUUCAUCCACCUGGUCAGGAGCCCUUCACCCUUACAGUGACCCUCACCAGUUAUCCUGCCACAGCUCAGUUUGCUUGUGUUGGGGUUUCCAUUUCCCAUCCUAUAUGAUUCCCCCCCCCCCCCCCCCCACACACACACACACACACUUUUUCUGGGAGAUUCAUGUUCAGUUUUCUCACACUUUUUCUGGGAGAUUCAUGUUCAUUUAACUCUCUUCCUGGGAAACUGGUUUCAAGAGAACCGCUGCUGGUGUUUGCAUGCCACUGUUGCAGCUUGCUUCAGGUUGACGGGAAGGGCUUCUGUUUACGAAUUUCAAAUGACAGCAGCCUUCCCUCCCAUCAUUAGAAACUCGGGACUCCAGUCAGCCAGCCAACGUCCGUCCUUCUUCCUUGUGCAAAAUUCCUAAGGACUGUCCACCAGAAUGUCACAGCUGAAAGCCACACAUUCCCCAUGCUCCUCUCCUAGCACUUCCCUUCCCUCUCCAGCCUCCCCAGCACCGGUUUACGAGGCAAUGAACUGAGCAGCUAUUGCUUCACAUCUGGAAUAUAUGUAAUGUUUGCCUGCUUGUGGAGUACAGUAUUUAAAGGGUGUGGGUGGAUGAAUGCUAAAGAAAAUUGUGCACAAACUAUGAGAAAUUAUUAUGUCUGUCUUUGAUUUUUUUUAAUGAGGAAUUUUAUUACCUUUUAACAGUGAACUGUGUUUAGAACUAUAAUCUUUAUUGUUAAAUGCUCAUAAAAUGCAAGCAAACUGCAUGUUGGACAUGCAGAAGCUAGGAUAAAUACAUUAAAAGCAUGAACUGAUGAUA